CCAGCAACAAAUAUAUCCAUCCACAGGGUCCAACCAUUGUCAAGUUUUAGAGGUACGCAUUUGACCAAUACAGAAACCCGUUCAUACAGGUAAAUCAUAAAUUGAAAGCUCGCAAUCGACGGUCCAAAUUUACAUAUAUCUCUGUUCGUCAUCGCUUGAGUUGCAAUCAAGGUCAUGAGCUUCACGACAGAAGAUGGGAGUUGCUGUCUUAGGCUUGAGAGAGAAGGCAUUAUUCAACUCAAGUGCGAUAACACUAAAUUCCAUGCUCCCAACCAACCCUGAAAACACCCUUUCAACCAGAAACAGUUGCAUACAUUUGCCAUCAUUCAGCAAAACACAACUUAGAGACAUCGAUUCCCGGGUUCAGGGAGAGUUUGGUACCACGUAAACCAGUUCCAACAGAGAGAGGAGAAGGAUGAAGAGAUCGGACUUCGCCCACAAGUUAUUGGACGAUCUUCGGUUGAGGAAGGAACAACCCACACCCUCUAAGAACCCCAGCAACUCCAGCUCCAUUCCUGCAGAGGAACAUGGAUAUACCAACAGAGCAUACGAAAAUAAAAGUCCUCAAGGGUUGGAUAUGCAAAAAAACGGUUACAAUGGAGGAAGCGGAUCACUCGGGGGAGUCGAGUCUCCGAAUCGAUCUAUCGGAAGAGGCCAGAGCUCGGAGAGUAUCGAUCUGUGGAAGGCACUUGAAAAUUCAGGGAAGGCUACAAGAAUAGACUCAUCCCGAAUCAUGCAUCGAGUAGGACAGAGAUCGAAGCGCUGCGGAACGGCGAAAAGACGGAUGCCAAUCUCAACGAUCCAUGUCCAUGAAGAAAUAUCAGAGGGAGUUCAAGAAUUGAACCAGAUCAUGAAAGAGCGUAGCUGCGGGCUCGGGUUUGGCAAUGGAGGGGAAGGACUGAUGCAAGGUGCCAUCGAGUUGGAACGGUCUCUAACUGAUUACAUGACGAGAUCUCGGAGAAAGAAUCGGAUCAAGCUGCUCGACGAUGAUAUGCAACUGGAAAUUCCGUCUAGAAGUUACCGAAACAUAGAGGAUAUUGCAAGGGCUGAUAUCAAGAUGAGGCUAUCAGCUCUUGCCUACCCGAGAGACGAUGCCACUAAUCGAAGAAAGCAGUUAAAGGAAUGUUCAGACAGUAGAUCAGUUACUUGUGAUGAAGCUGAUCUCUCUGCACUUACAGUAGAGAAUAAUAACCAGUCAAGAUCAUCAAAACCCGGGACAGGUAGGAUUCCAAAUGUUAUUGCCAAGCUGAUGGGAUUAGGAGAAUUUCAAGAACAUGAAGAUGCAGCGUCUCGAAAGCGAAAAGAUUCCACCUUUAAGAUCGAGAUCGAAACCGAUGUAUCCAUCGAGUCUGUAAAGGUUGGCCCGAGAAGGAAAGACGCCGAUCUACCGACGAAAAACUCAAGAUGUAAGGUUGAAAAGACUCAAAGGGACUCGACUUCAAUGGAUACUGGCUCGGAUUUAGUAAUGCAUGAAACGAUAUGUCGGGAAAGAGACAGAACGGAAAGUCGGAAACAUAUUCGGGAAAAGGAAAGAGGAAAGGAUAGUGAAAAUAAACAAAGGGUUAGAAAACCACUUUUGAGAAGCCAAAAAGGAACGAAGCGGACGCUUCAUAACUCGGAGACACGAGAAGAAAGAGGGUACAAUGAGAAAGAGAAGUUUCAGCGGAGAAGACAGAAUUCAGACAAGGCUAAGGCUCAUAGGAAAAGUUUCUCAGAAGCCGAUGUUGCUUUAUUAGAUCGAGAAACCGAACUAAGCAUCAGAAGUAACAAUCCAUCAGGAAAGGAGAAAAAACCAGUUCUUACUGGCAAAAUCUUCCCUAAGAACAUCGAUCAAGAAGUGGCCACGCAGAAUGAAACGCCGGAAAACCAGAACUCUGAUUCCGAACAAGGAACAUGGCGGGAACUACUCGGAUGUUACAAAGACACUGAUCAGAUUAGAAGAAACCAGACUGAAGCAGCAGAAGCAAUGACCAUUAUUAAGUCAUCUGACAGAAAUGAUAAGAGAAAGUUCGAGGACGACUCACUUCUGCUUAUGCUUACAACCGGAGAGGACGGAAGCCAUAUCUUGAAAGAAGCUCCAGCUGACAACUUUCAGGAAACUAUGUUGAUGGGUCGGAGCGACAUAGAAGUUCCAACGUCGAUCUCUGAUGGAAAUGCAAACACAUUACCAAAGACAAUGACACCAAAGGGAACCAAAGGUGAGAUGGAGACGCUGUCUGAAAGUGACAUUCAACUUAAGAAGAUAAUCCUUAGAAGCCGAAAAUUCCUUAACACAGCAGAGGCACUUUUCAAACUCGACAUUCCUCUCAGAACCCUUCAAACCAGCGGGAACGAUUCCGAUGGAGGAGAUGAGAACAAUCUGAUCUUGGACUGUGGCUACGAGCUAUUGAAAUGGAAAGGGCGACUCCACGAGCUAAGCAUCAAUCCAUUUCUGAAGGGGCCAAUCAGUUUUUCUCAAGUGAAAUCUUUGGAUGAUCUUGUUAAGCAACUGAACAAAGAGCUCGAGAAGCUGGGAUCUUACGGCAAUCAACAUUUCACCGGGGAAAUCCUCGAAGAUAACUUGCCAGAGAUACUGGAAAGAGAUGUUCUUUGCAAGGAAUCGGAGGUAAAUUCAAUGUGGGAUAUGGGAUGGAUGCUCGGGUUCAUCGAAAGAGACGAUGUUAUAAGCGAGAUAGAGCAGUUCGUGUUCAAUGGGCUUGUGGAAGAAGUGACGAGAGAUCUUAUAUGCACUUGACCAAGGAUGAGAUUCGAAUUUCAGUUUUGGGAAGAUCUGUUCUUUCU